AUGGCCCCGAGCUCCUGUACCAGAUAUCCGGAAGAGCUUCGCAGAUUAGAGAUCCGUCGAUACAACGCUAGACGAACAGACUGCAUAAUACAAGGCCGUUAUGCCGGAAGAAACCAUAGCCUGCACGGUUUCAAGCGCACAUUCUAUUCACUACUGGCUGCAGAGGAUGUGGAAGAGUACUAUGUUCCUCCUCCUGAACGCAUACAUCUAAGCUAUCGAGAACAAUCAGUGGAUUACGCCGAACGGAACUCAAAGAGGCAAAGGGUUGCUGCCAUCGCUAAUGCUUAUACGAACGGGAAGAACGUACCAACGAUACUAACGGCGUCACUCACGCUUGGUACCAACUUGGAAGAAAAUCCAUGGGACGAAAGAUGGGCAUCUGGGUACACACUUUCUGCCACUGAGGUAAGUGCAAAGCUGAGGUGUCUACGCGAAGACCUAGCGACGGAGCGAUCAGGAAAGAGGAGACAACGCCGGGCCGAACGUAGGGCACGAAUAGAAAAAGCGACCCAGUUACAGACAGAUGGCUUGGGUAGAUCAGAUGAGUUCCCUGUAGACCUGACCGUCGAUAUCACGGUUUCGGGUCUAGAUGCCCAUACCAAAGCGUUUCCGAUUCGAUUAUCUCAGACGAGUCCGCCUGCUACUAAGCAGCAAACACCGCAACCGAUGGCGAAGAGUAUCGCAAGUGAAGAAGAUGGCGAUAGUAAACAGGAACCAACUAGCAGUGUCGACGACAACCACACAACAGCAACCGGACUGGCUGUGGAUAGAGCUGCAAAACAGCCGAACAACAUCCACCCAGAUUCACCUCCGAUAUCUGCAUCGAAUGCUCUCGAAGCGGGAAGCGAAAGUGGUCGGAGAAUACCGCAAAGAGCUGCACAUACUAGGAUCAACGUCAAAGAUACAACCGCUUGUGUUUCCACUCCGUGGUUUCGUCGCACGGCGUCUACCCUGGCCCCGAGCAACCUGACUCGAGGCGGGAUGUCCGAUGCUGUCCAAACGAAAAGAAAGACUCGCGUGUGUGUAGAGGGACCGCAGCCUGUUAAGUCUGACACCCCUUCCAGGAAGGACAGAAGCUUGAAGGGAAGUUUCUCUAAUGAAAUGGUAUGCAAAAAUGGCACCGCUACCCCCGAACAUAGAGCCAUGAGCGUUGAAGACCGUCCAGAGUCCCACGGCCAUGUAGCUGUGGGAUCGCAGAAUAUGGCCUUGUCAGCCAUUAAGAAAGGAGAAAUACCAUUGAAUCAAGACACGAAUACUACUACUGUCUGUACCAAUUUAUCUGAUGUUCAGAACGCUCAGGAUGCGCGCUUUGUCCAGAUCUCAAAUGGUGACUUCUCUACACAAGCUGCAAUGGAAGAAGUACACGGAGCAUUCCAAGACGCAUUCCAAUCACCGGGGCCAGAUCAUCGUCAAGCACUUCGUCAUGGGGCCCAAACACCCACCAGAGAUAUCCCGGAUGUUGUCGAGACUGUGACACCCUUCAAAGAUUUUCAUUUACGGUCUACGUCCAGCUUCCAUUUAGGAGACCCGUCGCACGCGAGGAGCAGAAUACCUCUCGAUACACAGGCUCUGCUGGCAGCCACCUCGCCCUUCGUUCGAGGGUACACACCCGAGAAAGUAUCUGAGCAAUUGGAUGGAGUGUACCAUAGCACUCUUGGUAGUCCUCUGAGGUGUACCCCGAUCAUUUCACAUGACCGCAUUCCCCCAGAGCCCACACGGGCGAUCUUGAGGAACCCGAAGUCUGGAAGUCAUGAAGACUCUUGUAACACCAGCCAGAAAGUGACACUCAAGUCUCCGAAUGCUGCAGCAUCCUUUGCUACAUUAUGCACACCAAAGACCUCUCUACAAGAAAGAGAGCAGGAAACACCCUGGUCACUGCAAUCUGCAAAUCGACAGGCUCGGACAAUGCUUAGCUACGAGGCUGGCCAGCGACUUCUGGAUGCAAGCGUCGUCAACACAUCUGAAGCAUUUGACUUUAUGGAUGAAAUGCUAGACAGUUGGGAUGUCCACGAGUCACCAUCAGCUAGUAAAAGUUCUGCUGCCAGAAAUAUAUAA